AUGGAACCGAUGAAUCAACAGUCUCAUCUUUGGUUUCUUAACAACAUCAACCUCCAAAACGUCUUUCCGCCGAUCAUCAAUGAUGCCAAAGUAAUUUUCAACCGAUACAAAUUUGAUUGCAAAAAAAAGAAUAUGACUGCUCGUGUUAUUUGUAACAUUAACGUGAAAGAAGAGGCGAUCAGAUUAAACGUAAACGAUGAUAAUGUUAUCCGUAAGGUGCGCGAGAUUGUUUGGAGAUCCUCGAGUCCUCUUGACAAACAAAUGUGUAAGGAAGUGUCGAACGCAGUGAUUUCCCUAAUUCGGGAUAAAUUUCCUGGAAGAGAAUAA